AUGGGGGUUUCUACUCCUCCGAAAGAGGCGGACCGCCUCAAGACCACUGUCGACGAGAAUGCCCGCAUUAGUGGCGAAUUCGACGGCGAAGGAGAAGCAAGCGAAGGGUCAGAGCUAAGUGAAGUAGCUACUGAAGAGGGUGGUGGUUCUUCGGGCGAUGAGGAUGCCAGUACCAGCGGUGGUAGUGGAUUGGAUGAUGAUGAAGGUGAAAAGGGUGACUCUGGAGAAGAGGCUGAAGCGAGAGGUUCCUCUUCUGAUGACGAGGAUGCCUCUGCAACAGAUAAUGAUGGACUAGACAGUGUGGAAGGAAGUGGAGACUCUGAUUCUGAGCGCAGUCGAGUUGCUGAAGAGAGCGAUUCUUCGGAGGAUGAGGUAGCUCCUCGAAAUACAAUUGGAGAUGUUCCCUUGGAGUGGUACAAGGAUGAGCCACAUAUUGGAUAUAACAUUGAAGGGAAGAAGAUAACCAAAAAAGAAAGACAAGACAAACUCGACUCUUUCCUUGCUAAUGUUGAUGACUCAAAAAAUUGGCGCAAGAUUUAUGAUGACUACAAUGACGAGGAUGUAGAACUAACCAAGGAAGAAGCAAAAAUGAUCAGUAGAUUGCUCAAUGGAAAGGCACCACAUGCUGAGUUUGAUCCAUAUGCGCCGUAUGUUGACUGGUUCAAAUGGGAUGAUGCUAUACAUCCAUUAUCAAAUGCACCAGAGCCAAAGCGAAGGUUCAUUCCUUCGAAAUGGGAAGCUAAAAAGGUUGUCAAAUAUGUCAGGGCUAUUCGUAAAGGAUUGAUAAAGUUUGACAAACCAAAAGAAGAACCCCGUUUCUACAUGUUGUGGGGGGAUGAUUCUGGCGCUGCAGAUAAGACUAACCAUUUGUCUUACAUACCUGCCCCAAAGCCAAAGUUACCAGGCCAUGAGGAGUCCUACAAUCCUUCUUUAGAGUACAUUCCAACACAGGAGGAAAUUAAUUCAUAUCAGCUUAUGUAUGAAGAAGACAGACCUAAAUUUAUACCUAAAAGAUUCACUUCUAUGAGAAGCAUUCCGGCGUAUGAGAAUGCUGUAAAAGACUCUUUCGAGCGCUGUUUGGACUUAUAUCUGUGCCCUAGAGUCCGGAAGAAACGUAUUAAUAUAGAUCCCGAGUCCUUGAAACCUAAGCUUCCUAGCCGAAAGGAUCUGAAGCCUUACCCAUCAACAUGCUACAUUGAGUAUAUAGGUCAUAAGGGCCCUGUUGUUUCGAUUUCAACUGAAGUUUCAGGAGAAUGGAUUGCAUCAGGUUCUACUGAUGGGACUGUUCGAAUUUGGGAGGUCGAGUCUGGUAGAUGCCGAAAAGUCUGGCAGUUUGAUGAAGCUGUGCAUUAUGUAGCUUGGAAUCCGAUGCCUGAGCUUCCUAUAUUAGCAGUCUCUGUGGGUCAGGAUGCAUAUCUCUUGAACACUGGUGUAGGAAAUGAAGAGACUCAAAGAAAACUUGGGGAACUUCUAUAUGUUGAGGCAGCUAAAGUCUCGGAUGAUUCGAAUAAUCCCAUAUGUAGCUGGAUCCAAGAUGACGAACAUGGAGGAAUCAAGCUGAGACAUGCUAAGACCGUGUCUUCUGUGGAGUGGCAUCGAAAAGGAGACUAUUUUUCAACUAUAAUGCCAGCAGAUAUCCUUUUCUUGCUGUUGUUCUCUCUUGCAAUUUUUCGUUUGUAUGCCUCUGCUUUCGUAUCUUGGUCCUUGAGUUCUGUACCCAAACCUGUUACUUAG